CUUUCACUCUCUCGGUCUCCCCCACAGAAGACGACAACGCCAACUGCAUCUGGAACCAGGCAUCAUGUCGGACAUUGAAGAUGAUAUGGACAUUGACGCGCCAUCCCGAGCCAGCAACACCGACGACAUCGUCUUCUCCUCCAACACCAACAGCAAAGGGAAACGCAGUGCCGCCAAUCUGCCCGUCGAAGCCGAAGACACGCUGCCAUGGGUGGAGAAAUACAGGCCGAAUGCGCUGGCCGAUGUGUCGGGUCACCAGGACAUUCUCGCUACCAUCAACAAGUUCGUCGACUCGAAUCGUCUCCCCCAUCUGCUGCUCUAUGGCCCUCCGGGGACGGGCAAGACCUCCACAGUGCUCGCCCUGGCACGCCGCAUCUAUGGCAACAAGAAUAUGCGUCAGAUGGUGCUUGAGUUGAAUGCGUCCGACGACAGAGGCAUCGACGUUGUGCGAGAGCAGAUCAAGACGUUUUCCUCCACUAAACAAAUCUUCGCCGGUAGCUUCGACAAGACACGGCGCGACGAUAGCAGCAUUGCCCACUACAAGCUCAUCAUUCUCGAUGAAGCAGAUGCCAUGACUAGUACCGCACAGAUGGCUCUUCGUCGAAUCAUGGAAAAGUACACCGCCAACACCCGUUUCUGCAUCAUUGCCAAUUACACCCACAAGCUUAGUCCAGCCCUCCUCUCGAGGUGCACACGGUUCCGCUUCUCUCCUCUCAAAGACGCCGACAUCCGCCAGCUGAUUGACAGGGUCAUCACCGAGGAGAAUGUCAACAUCGAGCCGACUGCGGCCGAUUCACUCGUCACUCUCAGCAAAGGAGACAUGCGUCGUGCAUUGAAUGUGCUUCAAGCAUGCCAUGCUUCUUCAACACCAUUACACAUUCCAGGAGAGCCUGUGGUCGAUGACAAGGCCAUUCCACGUGACCUGAUCACGCAAGAGACGAUAUACGAUUGCAUUGCUGCACCGCAUCCAGCGGACAUCCAGACAAUCAUGAAGACUCUGCUGAACACGCAAAACGUGGGGAGUUGCAUGAACACUAUCAAUACUCUGAAGAAGGCAAAGGGGCUAGCAUUGGCAGACAUCCUGACUGCGCUAGGCGAGCAGUUGAAUGAAGUGGAAGCUUCAGCACAGACACGAGUGACGUGGAUGGAAGGACUGGCUGACAUCGAGUACCGUCUCAGUGGUGGUGGCAGUGAAAGCAUACAGACUGGAGGCUUGAUUGGAAUCGUGCGAACCGGUGUAGCGAUCAAGGAUGCGAGGGGUUGAAAGUGCGCAGUAAGAAUUGUUACAUACAUAAUACCUUGGCACUGGAUCGGUAGACAGCGUGUCGAGUGAUGCGACAACCAUCAGGCACCAGCGGCGAUGAACACCAAGCCUGAACACUAAGCCUGACAGCAAGCCUUGGUAAGUAUCGUGAGCACGACUAGCCCGUAUCUGACUGCCGUCCCUCAGACACAUUCGAGCUGGGGUCCGUAAGCUCGCCACGGUAACGAACAUAGCGAAGGCAAACGGCUAUUCCAGAUGAUCAGGAGACUAUUUGCCUGUGUGGAAGACAAUGCACACAAAGGUUGCACGGCAUCAAUCAUUCCAGCUCCAAGCACCCUCAUGCUGCUCGGUCUAACCCAUCAACGCAUUCGGGGUGGAGCUUGCGGAGAAUCGCAUAGAAAUUGCCAAGUUACCUUAUGGAAAGGCUCUCGAAACCACUUUACUUC